AUGAGAGAGUUGUAUAUUAAGUACCGCUUAUAUUAUGCUGAUGCUCAAAUCCUGAUGGUUCAUCAGAGGACUGGCAGCAAAUGCCGCCAACAAUUCCCAAUUAACGCAUUCACACUCUUCGCUCUUCUACUCUGUGCCAUUCUGGCACUGGUCAGUGGGAUACCUUAUGAAUCACAAGACGUUGCGCCCGCUGAACUUGUCGUAGAUGAUCUACUUGAAGGAGCUGAAUCCCGCGGCCAUGGUUACCACGGUCCUAAAUACCACGGCCUGGGUCGAGGCGGCUACCACCAUGGGACUGACCCGGACUCUUGCAACUACAUUGUUCAAAAAGCUGGAUCCUGCAUUUCCAGUUAA